AUGGCCGGACUCCGCUGCCUGCUCUGCCUGUGGUUCAGCUGGAGCUACGCGAGCGCGUGGCGCGGGGUGGCCCCCCAAAGGUCCCCCGAUGCGGUCCCGGGACCGCUGGUCCGAGGCACCGGCAGGAGCUCCACACUAGAGAGGGAGCCUCCGCACCAGGUGGCCGAGCAUAUGCUGCUCCUCUAUGACAAGUACCGCGGAGGUGGUCCUCCCAUGGCUGGGGCGCCCCGCAAGCCCAGGCACCCUCAGCAAGUACAGCUCCCGGAGGGCAACACGGUGCGCAGCUUCCGAGCUCGAGGAGCAGGGACCCUGGAAAACAAAGAACUAUAUGUUUUUAACCUGACUUCCCUAACCAAGUCUGAAAGUAUUUUGUCUGCAACCUUGCAUUUCUCCAUUGGAGAACUAUUAAACAUUAAUUCGAGCUGCAUAUCUCCCAGAGGUUGUUCUCAUCAUGGAUACAGGAAACAAAUACAGAUUACCCUGUCUGCCUGGAGCCUUGCACCAGAUGGAAAUCAAACUCAGUUCUUGGGCCAUAUCUUGGUAAAUAUAGCUAAACUUCAUAGAGAUAUGUUAGCCUGGCAAUCCAAAGACAUCACUCAAAUACUGACCAAAGCAAAAGAACAUGGUGAGUUUUUCAUAGGUAUCAAGAUCACUUUCGAGGGACACUCCCUUUCAAAGGGAAUGCUGACCAAUUCUGAGCCUUAUAUCUUAGUAUAUGCCAAUGAUUCAUCCAUUUCUGAAUCAGAAAGCGUGGUAUCAAGUCUCCAGGGACAUUGGAAUUUUCCCACCGGAGCCCUAGCCAAGCUGAACAACCACAUGAGGACAGCUCUGUCCAGGAAGCGGAGGAAGAAGCGCUCCAUAAGCAGCCCCUUGCUCCCCCUGCAGAACAAUGAGCUUCCAGGCACAGAAUAUCAGUAUAAGGAGAAUGGAGGCUGGGAGAAGAGGAAGCCUUAUAAGACCCUCCAGAUACAGCCAGCUGAGAAGAGCAAAAAUAAAAAGAAGCAGAGAAAGGGCCCACACCAGAAAAGUGAGACGCUGCAGUUUGAUGAGCAGACCUUGAAGAAGGCAAGGAGGAAACAAUGGAUUGAACCCCGUAAUUGUGCCAGGCGAUACCUCAAAGUGGAUUUUGCAGAUAUUGGUUGGAGUGAAUGGAUUAUCUCCCCAAAGUCCUUUGAUGCAUAUUAUUGUUCAGGAGCAUGCCAGUUCCCCAUGCCAAAGUCUCUGAAGCCAUCUAAUCACGCCACCAUCCAGAGUAUAGUGAGAGCUGUGGGUGUCAUCCCAGGGAUCCCUGAGCCCUGCUGUGUGCCAGAAAAGAUGUCUUCCCUCAGUAUCUUAUUCUUUGAUGAAAAUAAGAACGUGGUGCUAAAAGUGUAUCCCAACAUGACAGUGGAGUCUUGUGCUUGUAGAUAA